UCAUAAAUUCAUUAUAUGGAUCAAAAUCCUAGAAGCACAACUGUGAGAUUCUGGUCACAUGAUGAUGAAUCUUUUCACCCUUAAAUCUCUCAAUGUAUGUCUUUUUGUUGUGCUGUUUUACAUAUCUGGUGUAACAGCCAAAUCACAAACAAAUUACAGCAAGUUUGCAUUUCCUGCUGUCAUAGCUUUUGGUGAUUCAAUCUUGGAUACAGGGAACAACGAUUAUAUUGAAACCAUAAUGAAGGCAGAUUUCAGACCAUAUGGGAGGGAUUUCUUAGGAGGAAAACCCACUGGAAGGUUUAGCAAUGGCAGGAUCCCGUCAGACUUUUUAGCUGAAAAGUUUGGAAUAAAGGAGACUCUGCCACCCUAUCUUGAUCCAACUCUGGUGAUUGAAGACCUCUUAACCGGGGUGUCUUUUGCCUCUGCCGGAUCUGGAUAUGAUCCUCUAACAACAGAACUAGCAGCAGUGUUGUCAGUAGAGGAUCAACUGAAUAUGUUCAAAGAGUACAUAGAAAAACUGAAGGCAGAUGCAGGGAAAGAAAGGACAGCUUUCAUUCUAGCAGAAAGCAUAUUUUUUAUCAGUAUGGGAAGCAAUGACGUUUCAGUAACAUAUUUCAUGUCACCAUAUCGGAGAAAUGAGUGUAGUGUUGAAGAGUACACAAGUAUGCUAGUCAAAAUAUCUUCGGAUUUUGUUCAGGAACUGUAUAAAUAUGGAGCAAGAAAGAUUGGAGUACUGAGCCUAGCUCCAUUAGGAUGUGUGCCACUGCAGAGAACAUUAGGGGGAGGUGGAGAAAGGAACUGCGUAGAAUCAAUAAACCAAGCAGCCAUGGUCUUCAACUCCAAGCUUUCUUCUUCAAUAGAGGCUCUCAACAAAAGUCUUCCAAAAGCUAGGCUUGUCUACCUUGACAACUAUAGUGAACUCAAUGAAAUUAUCCAACACUACAACAAAUUUGGAUUUGAAGCGGGGGAUACUGCAUGCUGUGGCGUUGCAAAUAUUGAAGCAGGCAUUCUCUGUAAUUCCUUCUCCUUAAAAAUAUGUCAAAAUGCUACAAAAUAUGUAUUCUGGGACAGUAUUCACCCCACAGAACGAACUUACAAUAUGCUUGUCACAAGUAUCAUAGGAAAAAAUGUUGACAAGUUUGCUUGAAAAUACUUUUCCUUUUGAGCUUAAUAUACUGAUGCAGUUAAUGGAUAGUAUAUGUUGUAAAACGAAGCUCAACUAUGAAAACAUACUCUAGAGUUAUCUUAUGUUUUAUACUGUAGUCGGAACAAAGUUACAAAACCAUAGCUCAAUUCAGCAUG